UAAACGUAUGACAGGUCACGUUAAACAGACCCUGCUCAUAUUUCCAAGCUACGUUCGUGCCUGGCGUAAAUUAAAGUCCUCGCCGUGAUUAAAAGACAAAAUCGAUCCAACUAUCAUGCAUCCUUUGGUUAGAUCAGCUGUUCUUCUCCUCUGUUUGCUGGUGGUUAUAAGUCACUGGUCUUUUGACACACUUGGUCAAGAAACACAAACGCAGGAUGCCACCCAACCUGAGCAACAGCUUGUUACCAGUAACACCAACUUCGCUCUAAACAUGUUCCAGAAUCUCAAGGCCGAGUCCGAUAACAUUUUCUUCAGUCCAUUCAGCAUCACGACUGCUUUAAGCAUGGUCCUUCUCGGUGCUAAAGGCGAUACGAGAUCAGAGAUGAAAAGAGUGAUGGGUUACAGCAAUAUUCCUUCUAUUCAUGAACAUUACAAACGCCUCCUCACUAGACUUACCAAAUCAGGUAACAAAUAUCUCCUCCGUAUUGCCAAUCGUCUCUUUGGAAGAGCAGGAUUUGAUUUCAAUCAAAAGUAUAUUGAUGACAGUGGACGGUACUAUGAUGCUCCUCUAGAUCUACAGGACUUUAGCCAACCUUCCGCCACAACCAGGUACAUCAACAAUUGGGUAGAACAGCAGACAAAUAACAAGAUCGUCGACUUCCUGCCAAAUAACUUCAUCAACCCCCAGCUCAUCCUAAUUUUGGUGAACGCAAUAUAUUUCAAGGGAACGUGGACCAGUAAGUUUUCGGUGUCAAACACCCGUCUCCAACCGUUCUUCACAUCCAACGUGAACCAGGAAACCGUGCCAAUGAUGUUCCAGAAACAAAGUUUCCCGUAUGGUACCAGUGCCUUGCUGAAAUGCAAAAUUUUGGAACUACCGUACCAUGGUGACGCUAGUAUGGUCAUCUUUCUCCCAGACCAAAUUGAUGACCUUGGUCAUCUGGAAAGAUCACUGACCAGCGCAUCGGUUGUAGAUGAGGCUUUGUUCACAUUGAGGGACCAGACAGUAAUCGUGUACCUGCCUAAGUUUAAGCUGAGCAACAUGCGUUUGGAUUUGAAACCCGUGCUUAUUCAAAUGGGAAUGUCGAAAAUGUUCAGCUUAGGCGCUGAUUUGUCGGGAAUUGGUGGGAAACCAGGCGACUUGUUCGUUUCUAAGGCGAUCCACGAGGCUUUCGUUGAUGUCAACGAGGAAGGAACCGAGGCAGCGGCUGCCACGGCCAUAGGCGUGUUUUUUACGUCAUUGAUUUCAGUGACUCCUGUAUUCCGAGCUGACCGGCCCUUUGUCUUCCUGAUUCGCGAGAAGUCAUCGGGCACUGUUCUGUUUAUGGGCAGACUUAUGAACCCGGUUGCAUAAAAAGCAAGAAUUCAAAAAAGAAUCACGAAAUUUACACGUAACUCUAUGUUGUCUGAAUUACGUUUUCUGACAUCUGAAAUUUAUCAACAAUUAAAAUGAUGCCAUGAAAAUUUUGAUAAGAUUUGUAUUAGGAUAGGAUUAAGAUAUAAGACAUUAUGCUUUCAAACUACCGAACUUUUUGUAUAAUGCAAAGUCCAUGUUUCCAUCCGUAUACAAUAAAGAGAAUUCAUGCAGUAAAUCAAGGACAUGAUAGUAAUAUAUUACCCUAGGUUCUAGAUUCCGGUAUUGCCAGCUCGAGCUUGAUUUCAUAUAUAACCCAUGUCGCAAUACCAGGCUCUAGUGCAUAGCGACCAUGUUAGGCUCCCGUCAAUCAAAUAGAACGGCUCCGCAGUGAUUCUGCAGUUGAAUGUCAUCAGACCAAAAUGAAACGUAAA